CGCACGCCCGCCCCGUGGUCGUUCCCUCGAAGCUCUCCGCGCCCCUCCUUCACCCCAGUCUCUUUUAGAGGCCAGGCCCCGCCCGUUUCCCGCCUCCUGGGCCCGGUUCGUUCCCGAUUCAGCCCGCCCCUCCCUGCGCCCCCGCGGCCUCUGCUGCAGGCGGAGGCUCCAUGUUGUCCCCUCCGCGAGUGGUAGCGGCUGCCUCGGGAGGAGCAGGUGAUGCCAUGGAGAGCCGAAAACCUGGUCCAGUGCAGGUUGUUUUGGUUCAGAAAGACCAGCAUUCCUAUGAGCUAGAAGAGAAAGCCUUGGCCAGCAUUCUCUUGCAGGACCACAUCCGAGACCUUGAUGUGGUGGUGGUAUCAGUGGCUGGUGCCUUCCGAAAGGGCAAGUCCUUCUUCUUGGACUUUAUGCUACGAUACUUAUAUUUCCAGAAGGAAGGUGGCCAUUCAAAUUGGUUGGGUGACUCAGAAGAACCAUUAACAGGAUUUUCAUGGAGAGGGGGCUCUGACCCAGAAACAACAGGGAUUCAGAUCUGGAGUGAAGUUUUUACUGUGGAGAAGCCAGGUGGGAAGAAGGUUGCAGUUGUUCUGAUGGAUACCCAGGGGGCAUUUGACAGCCAGUCCACUGUGAAAGAUUGUGCCACCAUCUUUGCUCUGAGCACCAUGACUAGUUCUGUUCAGAUUUAUAAUUUGUCCCAGAACAUUCAGGAAGAUGAUCUUCAACAGCUACAGCUCUUCACAGAAUAUGGUCGUCUGGCAAUGGAUGAAAUUUUCCAAAAACCCUUCCAGACUCUAAUGUUUCUGGUUCGAGACUGGAGUUUCCCUUAUGAAUACAACUAUGGACUACAGGGAGGAAUGUCCUUUUUGGAUAAGCGUCUACAGGUGAAAGAACAUCAACAUGAAGAAAUUCAGAAUGUCCGAAAUCACAUUCACUCAUGCUUCUCCAAUGUCACCUGCUUUCUUCUACCACAUCCAGGACUCCAGGUGGCCACAAGCCCUGACUUUGAUGGGAAAUUGAAAGAUAUUGCCAGUGAAUUCAAAGAGCAGCUUCAAACCCUGAUACCAUUUGUAUUAAACCCAGCUAACUUAAUGGAGAAGGAGAUCAAUGGCUCCAAAGUCACCUGUCGGGGGCUACUAGAGUAUUUUAAGGCAUAUAUUAAAAUUUAUCAAGGAGAAGAUCUGCCUCAUCCCAAAUCCAUGCUUCAGGCCACCGCUGAAGCUAACAAUUUAGCAGCUGCAGCCUCCGCCAAAGACAUUUAUUACAACAACAUGGAAGAGGUUUGUGGGGGAGAGAAACCUUAUUUGUCCCCAGACAUUCUAGAGGAGAAGCACGGUGAAUUCAAACAGCUUGCUCUGGACCAUUUUAAGAAGACCAAGAAGAUGGGUGGGAAGGAUUUUAGCCUUCGUUACCAGCAGGAACUAGAGGAGGAGAUCAAGGAGCUCUAUGAGAACUUCUGCAAGCACAAUGGCAGCAAGAAUGUCUUCAGCACCUUCCGAACCCCUGCAGUGCUUUUUACAGGCAUUGUGAUCUUGUACAUAGCCUCAGGCCUCACUGGCUUUGUUGGUCUUGAGAUUGUGGCCCAGCUGUUCAAUUGUAUGGUUGGACUGCUGUUAAUAGCACUUCUUACUUGGGGAUACAUCAGGUAUUCUGGUCAAUAUCGUGAGCUGGGUGGAGCAAUUGAUUCUGGUGCAGCGUAUGUACUAGAGCAGGCUACUUCUCAUAUGGGUAAUUCCACUCAGACCGCUGUGAGGGAUGCAGUUGCUGGGAGGCCACCUGUGGAUAAAAAAGCUCAGUAGCAUCUUGACAAGAGGAUUCAAUGAGAACGCAGUCAGCCCCUCCUGAUUUCUGGGUUUCUGCCACGGCCACAGGUCCAGAGGAACGCAGGUCUGGGAUCACCCAGGAAGAGCUGAAACUCAGCAGUAAUAAAUUAAUAGACCUUUCCCAUGGCUUCAAAUUCUUAAACAUUUCUGUUGGAAGCAUUUCUUUUCCUUGCUGAUAUAGAUCCAAGCCUGUGUCUGUUUUAUUACUCUCUGCUUUGUGCACUUUAUGGGGGAGAAAGCUAAAGGAAAAAAAAAUGCAAAUAUGGUUUUAAAUCCUGCAUGUGUCACUUAGUGCCUUUUAAGAUUGAAUCCAGGCUUUUGAAGACAAGGAUAGCCUCAUGAAAGAUUGCUGUUUAGUGGUGAAACCUGUCAGUUUCUUUUAUACUGUUACCAUUUAAAAAUGUUUACGAAAGUUGCAAAAGCUUCAGAACAAAAGACUGAAAAUGACACCAUUACACUGUUAUUUAAAGUCUUAAAGAAUCUUGCUUGCCAUAUAGUGUGGAAAACCACAUUCUAUUUAAAUCCAUCAUACACUGAAAUUUAUGGUCUUUUACUGACAGGCUAGCAGUUUUGUUGGAGCAAACUCUUAUUUUUACCUUCAUUCUUGUAGCUUCUUUUUAGAAAAGAGGCCAACAUGCCUUGAAAAGCCAGAGUGGCUCAUAAUGAAAGGAGUGAGCUUGAUACUUUAAAACAAAACAAAACAAAAAAACCCUGAGUUUGAUGAACCAUGUGACAUCUGAUAAGUCAUUUGAACUUGUGCCUUGGUCAGAUUCACUCUUUGCAGGUUUAUAUUCACAUAUGUAUUAUAUAUAACUCAUGGUUGUUACUUGUGAGGUCUAGUUUUCAAGAGUUCUGCGUUAAGAAGAUAACUUUAUUAAGGAUUAAAGGAAAGACAUUAUUACCAAACAUUAUUGUCUUUAGUUGUCCUGUUUCAUGUGGCCUAGGCAGUAAGUAAAUCAGGUCUUUAUCCAAAACAUUUAUUUGCAUUCUCCUAUGCACAAAUAUUUUUAAUAAUAAAGCUAAAAUUGUCAGUUUUGUUUAGUGAGUCUUCCUUUAUUAACUUCACUUGACUAAUCUGGAAACUUUAAAAUAGCUUUGGCUUAGUGAGGACCAAAGUCCCACCCAAAUAUGGAUAGUAUCUAGAAGUAUCUAAGUAAUCUUUUUUGUUACCUUGAUUGGGUGAAAAAACAUUUUAUCUGUUAGUUGCCUUUUCCUUUGAUUUAUAAUAUAAUGGUGAAUUUAAAGAUUUUUAAACUUUUAAAGAUUGCCUUGUAAGUAUUUAUGUAAGCAUUCAGGUAUGAGAAUAUUAAUUCUUAAGGUAAUUUUUGUUGUGGAAGGGAGAUAGGAAGGCUUAGGCAAAACCCAAGUGUUGAUUCUAUGUAUAUGAAGUCUAAGUGGAAAGCAGAAAAAAGAAGCAUGUAGUCUCUGUAUCAAAGAAUUUUCUUUUUAUUACUUUAACAUUUCACAACAGAAGUAUUUCUGUAAGUCUGAAUUAAUUCCAAGCAUUUUAUAUUUUUUUAUAUCUACAUACCAUCUUGCCCUGAAAUUCUUGCUAUUUUAUUCAUUUGCCAUUACAUUUUAGGAAAAUUCCUAAAAACUGUUUACUUGGAUAACAGUGAUGCUCAGUUUGACUGUUAAAUUGAAAGCUUCUCUUUGAAAUUUUGGUGCAUUUUCAGGUGGCCUCUCAUCCUCUCUUAUGUUUAUACUUAUUAGCUAAAGGCUUUGCAGAUGUGAGAUACUUGGCUUUUAAUAUAUUGUAGAAGCACAUUUAUAGAUUUCAGAAUAAUUGUCUAGAGUGAUGCUUUUAAAAGGUGAGAAAAGGAUGAUCUAAAACUUAUUUUAAUACUAAAGUAUUAGAAUUUUUAAAAUAAAACAUGUGAAAGUGUAUAACUUAGUGAAAUCUUAGUAUUUAAUUACUGUUUAAAUUCACCAUUUCUGUUUCAAUCUUAAAGAAAUAAUUUGGUUUAAUUGUCCUGGGGAAGCCUUAUUAUUUUUGUCUUUAUUAGUUAACUUAUUCUGCCUCUGGAAAGUGUUUAUAAAGCUCUCUCAGUGAAGAUCCUUAGUGAGUUUUUGUUGGCCUAUUUUCUUUAUUUUUACAGUAAAUUGGUAGUUUUAUAUCAAGUUUUUCAAUAAAAGAUGCAUUCUCAUUGCUGGCCUUAAAGAGUCCUGGGGAGAUUUAUAACCAGGGUGAAGAGAAUAUCUUUUACCUCUUAACUUCCCUCAGCCUUUAAUUCAUGGGUCAGAAACGGGUUCACGCUGAAAGUGUGUGCUUGUUCUAUGUUGCUCUGCCACUCCUGACCAGCCUUCUCAUGCAAGCAUUUAUGGUUUGCACAUUUCUAAUGGUUAUAUGGGGGCAUAUUCCUAUUAACGAAUAAGAGGAGGUUCUCGGAAUUUCUAUGAAAAGUAUUCAUUUCAGGAAAAAAAAAAUGUUUUCUUAAAUCCAGUUAGCUUUUUAUAGUAAAAAUAAUAGAAUAAAAAUUUCAGUUCUUUCAUGAGUAAUCUUUCUAGAUUGGUUUGUGGAUAAAAUGAGGGCAGAUGAUCAUGACUGAUGAUCAGCAUCUUCAAAGUCAUAUCCUAUUUUAGCAAUAUACCAAGAAGUCCGUUCCAUGGAGGUUUAUGUAUUAAUAUCUACUUUGUACUUGGUAGAAUGCUUAUGGAAUAUUGUUUUGCUUUAUCUGCUUUCUCUUUUCUCUGUAACAUGAAGUGAAAGGCUUUAGGCAAACAAACUGCCUUGUUACUGGCAGUGUGUUCUUAGCAGGUCAUAUCCAGUAUUCUACCUAACUUACAAAAGUGGUGUUUUGGAUAGUGUGAGUUUGGAUGGGUGUUUAUGUAUUAUGGGCAGAUUACAGAUAAGUAGGUUGACUUAAGCCCAGGCAAAAGUGACAAAAAAUAAAAAAAAAGGGUUUAUUUUUUCCUUUCUUUUUCUCUUUUUUUUAAUGAUUUAUAUGGAAGUCUUCAUAGGACUUCCUCCCCCACCCCACAUAGAACUAUUUAAAUGUAAUUUAGGAUGAUUUAGGAUGGCUCCCAUCCAAGGUAGCCAAUGUGGGCUACAUCUUUCUGGCUUACAUUUAGAUCUGACAAAAUUUUAAUCAAGGAAUAGGGCAUAAUGAAGACAAACUUCAGUCAUGAAAGUACAAAUGAUUAGUGUAACUGCUUUUUUAAAUGACAUUAAGCCCAUUGUAAGGGACCAUUUACUGUGAUAGAAUAGUUUUCCUUCUGUCCUUUUAUAGUUUUGGGUAGUGGCUCUCAUCUACUUUGGAGUGCCUCAGACUUAUUUGGGAGGUUUGUUUAAAGCCAUUCAGACUCCUGUAACUUCUGUCAGGGAUUGCCUCAGCGGGUCUGGGUUGUGGCCCUGGAAUCACCACUUUGAUAGGCAGUAGUGCAGGUAGCUCAGAGACCAGUGAGAUAGACUGCUCUGUGGGAUGGCAAACUGCAAUUCACUAUUGUUUGGAGGCAAGUGGACAGAUGGACAGCUUCUACCUGAGGCUCAGAAUAGGUGCUCUGCUACUGGAGACUGUGACUGGGAGUUCAUGUGUUCAGAGUAAUAAGGGCGAUGUCUUUCAUCUAGAGGAUUAGCUAAGCUCAUUAAAGCUGUUUUUCUAAAUUACAAUAACAUAGUGCCUUCUCUGGAAAAAGAAUGUACAAGUGUCCUGUUUACUAACAAGUGUAAUUAGGAUUUUAAAAACCCACCUUUUGAAAGUUUUUCUUUUAAAAAGCAAAGUUCAGCACUGUGACUUGAACCCCUCCAUCUUUUCGUGCACAGAAAACCUUAAGCCAUAAAUAAAAAUAAUAACAAAAAGGAUGGAGAAGAUAACUUUGAAAAUUAGGGACAGAGAUACCCAACAACAGGAACUUUUCAAAACAGGUCUAAAAGCAGAAAGAUUUCAAAAGCAGUUUUCUUCCUUGAAAGGAAUUUAAUGAGCCAGAACUAAAAUUUAAAUGUAGUACUCUUAUAACCAAGGAAACAUUGCAAUUGAUUCCUGAAGCUUUCUAAUUUAGAUGGCUAAAUGCUGCCAUGGACUUAAGCCUUAAAGGGGCCAGUAUUAAUCCUGAGCAUUAACAAGUUUUCUUUUUCUUUUCUUUAAAAAAUUAUUUGUUGAAAAUUCUUUCUCCUAGACUCCUGCCUUUGAACGGCUUUAAAACUUAAUACACUUUUUAAAAAGUGCAAUGGGAUGAGAUUAUGCUACUUUAUUAAAAGCAUGUUUUCUGUUUCUUAGCUGUGAGGUCAUUUAAUUGAAUAAAGAUCAUAGCACCAUG